AUGGUCAAAGAGGAACCCAAUCUUUCGCUUCAGAAUGCCCUGGCAAACAGCUCGUCGCCUUAUCUACGGGCGCACAAGGAUAAUUCUGUAGCCUGGCAAGAAUGGUCUGAUCAGACUAUUGCUUUGGCGAAACAAUAUCAGCGUCUGAUCUUCCUAAGCAUCGGCUACAAUGCAUGCCAUUGGUGCCACGUUAUGGAACGCGAGUCAUUCAGCACUCCAGAAGUUGCCGAAAUACUCAACAACUCGUUUAUACCCAUCAAGCUUGACAGAGAGUCCCGCCCAGAUCUUGACGAUAUCUACAUGAAUUAUGUUACCGCAACCACAGGCUCUGGUGGCUGGCCGCUAAACGUCUUCUUGACUCCCGAUUUGAAGCCCGUUUUCGGCGGGACAUACUGGCCGGGUCCUGCCCCGAUGACCAAUCUCAAGCAGGCAAGCACGCAUGAUGAACCUCCUGUCAGCUUCCUUGAUAUCCUGCACAAAAUGCAAGAUGUCUGGUCGACACAGCGUGAGAAGUGCUUACAAUCCUCCGCUGACAUUACGAACCAAUUGCGAGCUUUCGCUGCCGAGGGCAUCCAUUCCCACUCGAAUAACGUCCAAAGCCCUGGUACCGGAGCCUCCACAACCGAACCUCCAGAACCAUUAGAACUCGACCUCCUCGACGAUGCCCUGGAUCACUUCAUCACACGUUAUGAUUCUGUCAACGGAGGCUUCACCGCAUCUCCCACCGCCCCUAAAUUUCCGACCCCUUCCAACCUCACGUUCCUUCUCCGCAUAGGCGCUGCCAUCGCUCAACCCUCGACACAUACACGUUUCGGCUUCUUCAGCCCAGUUCCGGGGAUUCUUGGCCAGGACUCCUGCCUGACGGCGGCUUCAAUCUCUAUGCACACCCUCCUCGCCAUGGCUCGCUCCGCUUUACGCGAUCACCUUGGCUAUGGAUUCCACCGCUACAGUGUCACCCCGGACUGGAAUCUCCCUCACUUCGAAAAGAUGAUGUGCGACAAUGCACAAUUACUUGGCUGUUACUGCGACGCGUGGGCCCUUGGUCGCGAUCCUGAGAUCCUAGGCACCAUUUACAAUCUUGUCGAGUACUUUACGAACCCAGAUUCGCCCAUCGUCCGACCCGAGGGUGGCUGGUAUACAAGUGAAGAUGCCGACUCCCGAUCAUCAUCUUCCAGUGUUGCCAAUGGCGCCGUAGAUGAGAAGCGGGAAGGGGCAUAUUACGUAUGGACCUUGAAAGAGCUGCAAACCGUUCUCGGCGACCGCGAUGCAUCUGUCGUAGCACGUCAUUUCGGCGUGAAAGGCCACGGAAAUGUGCCUGCCGAGCACGACAUGCACGAUGAGUUUCUUAGCCAGAACGUCCUGCACAUCCAGGCCACACCCUCAGUCCUUGCCAAAGAAUUUGGCCUAGCAGAAGAAGAGAUCGUUCGCAUCAUCAAGACUGGCCGCACGAAGCUACUGGAGCACCGCAAAACCAAGCGAGAACAGCCAGAGGUCGACACUAAGGUGAUUGCAUCAUGGAACGGUCUCGCCAUCGCCGCCCUUGCCAAAGCAGCCAAUACUCUCGCCACCAUCGACAAGACCCGAGCUCGAGCCUGUCAAGAAGCCGCCGAAAAAGCAGCCAUCUAUAUCCGCAGGACCUUGUACGACGAGACGACAGGCAGACUUUCCCGAACGCCAGAGUCCACCACCGCAUUCGUCGACGACUACGCAUACUUGAUACUCGCAAACAUCGUGCUGUACGAUUUGACCCUAUCCCAACCGUACCUCGACUGGGCUGUGAAACUGCAAGAGUACCUAGACGAGCACUUCGUGUCCACGACAGGCGGAUACUUCCAGGCGGAACAGUCGUCGCAGCAGAUCAUCCGUCUGAAACCAGGCACGGACAGCUCGCUGCCUUCCCCCAACGGGACCAUCUGCAUGAAUCUGCUGUACCUGUCGUCGUAUCGGCUGGAGAAACAGGCCGAGUACAUUGGCCGCGCGCGGGCCGUGCUUGACGCCUUCGCCGUGGAGAUGAUCCAACACCCGUUCCUCUAUGUCAGUUUGCUCUCGGGCAUGGUGAUGGAGCAGGUAGGCGUCAAGACGCUGGUGGCCCCGAUGACCAUGCGCGACAGCCAGCUUAGAAGACUCAGGGGUUGGGGAAGGACGGUCGUCCGGGAUCUAGUUCCCAGUGUCAUGAUCUGUACCAGAGAGGGCGUCUGUCGCCCAUUGAAGCAAAGUGAUCUGGAGGACGUUGAUGAGGCGGAGGAGGCGACUGCUUGA